AAGAGUUUUGGAUUGGGUUGGUGUGUUGCUGCUCUGCCCUAGUUACCUCUUGUGAAUCGAAUUUGACCCAGAAUGGUAAUUUGGGACUAACUCACAUGUCAUCAGAAGACGUGACUGUUGCUGUUCGUCUAGUUCGCUCCUUUGAGCACCGUAAUUUCAGGCCUGUCGUGUACCAUGGUGUUAACUUGAAUCAGACUGUAAAAGAAUUUGUUGCAUUUGUGAAGAAUGAUGUGGCAUUGAGGACAGGGCUUCCACCCCCUUUUAAAAAAUAUAGAUACGACACAAUGAAGAUUAUUCACCAGGCACAUGGCUCUAAGACCAAUGAACUUGUUGUGAGUUUAGAAGACGAUGGCAAACUCAUUUUGGCAGAGGACAGCACCCUGCAAGCAGCUGGAGUAGCAAAUGAAACUGAGCUAGCAUUUUUCUGCAUGGAUGAUUACCGAAAAUAUAAAGCAAAUCCUGUUGCAACCUGGUGAAGACGUUGAAACUUAGAGGAGAUUUUUUUCCCCUUGCACUUUUUUUUGUGAGAUUUUAAUUCAUAAAGGUGUAUACUAUAAAUAUUUUGACUAGUUAACCUGAUGAUACACAAUAAAAGCUUAUUAAAUUGCUUUUUGUA